AUGUCGACUAAUGUGGAAUUAGUUUCUUCUGCAAGAUGCUUUCAGAGUUCCAUCAAUGUUUAUAGCCAUGACAGUGAGGAACUUCAAUGCAAAAUGAAAUUUGGUGUCAUACUUCCCGAUCAAGCUAAGGAAUCGAAACUUCCAGUUCUCUAUUGGCUCUCUGGAUUGACAUGUACUGAACAAAAUUUUCUUACGAAAUCUGCCGCGCAUAAAGCUGCUUGCGAUAACGGUGUUAUAAUCGUAUGUCCUGAUACGAGUCCUAGGGGAUGUAACGUUGAGGGUGAAGAGGAUUCUUGGGAUUUUGGCACCGGUGCUGGAUUUUAUCUUGAUGCUACUGAAGAAAAGUGGAAGAAGCAUUAUCGCAUGUACUCCUACAUCGUCAAGGAGUUUCCGAAGAUUAUCUCUGCUAAUUUCCCGGUUAUACCUGGAAAACAGUCAAUUUUUGGUCACAGUAUGGGUGGCCAUGGUGCAAUAACCAUCGCACUGAAAAAUCCAGGCAUGUUCAAAAGUUUGAGUGCAUUUUCUCCAAUAUCGAAUCCAAUUAAUGGUCCAUGGGGUAAGAAAGCAUUUACAGGUUACUUGGGACCUAAUCAAGAAUCAUGGCGGUGUUACGAUGCGACAGAACUUGCGAAGAAUUACGAUGGAGAUGAGAUUGAGCUGCUUGUAGAUCAAGGGGCAGCUGAUCCUUACCUUAAAGAUGAACUGUUGUUACCUAACUUUUGCAAUGCGUGCAAUAACAAUAAGAAGGUGAAGCUGACUUAUAGAGAACACGUAGGCUAUGACCAUGGAUUCUAUUUCAUAGCUACUUUUAUUGAAGAUCACAUCAAAUAUCAUGCCCGUUACUUAAAGUAA